AUGAACAAGACGAAGUAUCCUUGUCGUCAGUUAAACAGCAAGGCCAUACAAAGUGCAGCAUUAUGCUUUGUGAGCCCGAUAAUCGUUGGAAAGUGUAGUAUUGUAAAAGCGCAAUGCGUAUGCAAAAUCGACGAAGGAGGACUACAGAAAGCCUGGAAUGACGUCUGUAGAACUAGAGACGCUUGUGAUAAGGCCAUUUGUGGUAAGAAUCUUCUCUUUUCAAUGUACUAUGUUGCUUUUCGCGAUUAUAGAAGUUCUUUUUGCUUAAGAACGAUGUUUAUAUCUCUUUCACAGGGGUGAGAAAUGUAGCAUUUUUCUUUGGAGCAAUCAGUGCGCAAGGCCCCAAAAAAAGCCGCGGAAAAAAAGCAGCAACUUUGGAAGGGUACGAAAGCGAGGAAAGCAACGAUGAAACAUUGACAUCAAGUCAAGUUGCAAGUAUGGCCAGUCAAAACUGGAUUACUGAUUAUCCGACCAUCGUCAAUGAAAAGUUAUGCCCAUGCAUCAAUUACUGGAUAGCCUUAACGACGCCAAAUGGUGCCCCGGCCAACCCCCUUGUAAUCCACCGAGCGCUCUUGGAAUGCGACGUGGAGACUGUGGCACAACAGGUAUUAAUCGUAAAUGUUCAAUUACACAUCUUUUUCUUCAGUGUAUUUCAUGAACCAAUUUAUACCAUCAUAUUUGAGACUUGAGCUUUUUUUUCUGUCCGUUUUAAUAACUUAUCACUAAAACCAUUUGAAAACCAACGUAACAACAUACACGGAGAAAACAUCUUGAGAAAAGGGAUAUCCAUCUCAUGAUAAAGUUGGAAAAUUCGUAGUCAUUAUUCAAUAUUUACACACAUUCAAAAAUACAAAAUAAGCAGACUCAAGUUUUUUAACAGUGCCACUGUUCUGUUCUGUUCUCAGGUGCCCUGUUAUGAAGGAAAAGAAUCGGCGGCUAUGAAAGAACUGUUCAGGGUAUUGAAAGAUCAUAAAAACCAAAUGAUCCAGGAACUAGUGAACGCUUCGUACGGAAAUUGCUUCCGGAAUGAAAUGGACAGCUUGCUGAGCGAAGACGAUUUUAUGGACACACAAGACUGUGGGACAGAGAAGGUGGCUAGAGUUUGGCUCACAAAUUCGUGCUUCGGGUCUACUUUGAAACGUUCAAUCACCAAACUUCAAGAUGCAAAGUUGCAGAUCGAUAUGUUUGGCUUUCACGCGGACAAUCCACAGAGUGGAGAUGAAGAGACACGACUUUCGGAUAAACUGACUGUGCUCGUGAACGACAUAGGACUGGCAAUGAAAAAGAUGGAGUACGCCCUCUUUCGCGGAAAAAUGUACAAGAAAGUUCCAUCGGCCAAGUACACUUUCGCUUACAAAUGCGAAGUUCGCGUUUUCAUCAAUAGCCUUGCAGCGAACGAGUUCUUUAAAGCACGACUGCUAAAGGACAUGAGAAAGAUAAUCGACAUCCUUUCCGACCCAGACUGCGAGGUGAUACGUCCGAUCUCCAUCGACUACAAUCUCAUCGAGGUAGAUGGUGGACACUGCUGGUCCAUCAAAGAAAGGCGCUUCGUUAAUAACCCUAUUGCAGAUGAGAAGAUGGGCGUCAUUUCACCGCGGGCGUUUACCAGGUACGAUCCAGACAAAGAGCCCGACCCAAAAUACUUCAAGGAGAUUUUGGAGAACAGCCUCUCACAAGUGCAAAUACGUGAAUUUUGCGAGGAUUUCCUCAAGCUGCUCAACUUCAACAAGAAAUGCCACAAGGAUAAAGUUCCCUGUCUCAUUGGUGAUGCAAACAGUGGCAAAACGAGCCUUUUCCAUCCCAUUCUCGGGAUCGUACACCACACAAAUAUUGCAACAAUCACCAAGCAGAGGGUAUUCAACAAGGCCAUGAUCUCGAAAUCCACCGAAGUGAUCUUUAUUGACGAGGCUUCCACGUCAACUAUGGACAUUGACGAUUGGAAGAUCUUGACCCAGGAGGCUACACCGCAUGCGAUGUGA